GAUUAAAGUCAACACAUUAGUUGUACAUGUGACUUCGUGUGAAGUAGACGCUGUUAUCAGUUUAAAUCCAUCGCCAUGGACUGGACGGAAUUAUUACAAAAGAUCAAACGUAUAUUUUGGAAAUUAUCAAACGCGCUCGGCUUGCAAUGGGCUCCCGUCGACAUCCCGAUGGAGAGACGGCUGCAGACACUCGCGGCAGCCGGCUGGAUCUUUCUGGUGCUAUUCGGGGAAGGCUUCUCAAUCUACCUGGCCAUCCAGCUGCUAUACUCCCAGUACUGGUACUUGGGAAUUUUAUACGCGGCGUGGAUGCUCAACGACAUUGAUAUCUGUCACAAGGGGGGCAGGAAAUUCGACUGGGUGCGCAACUGGUCUUGGUGGCGAUACUACUGCGAUUAUUUCCCCAUGAAACUCGUCAAGACGACCGAUCUAGAUCCUUCUAGAAACUACCUGUUCGCCUGCUUCCCCCACGGCGUGGUCAGCUCGGGCGCUUUCGGCGCGUUCGCGACCAACGCUGCCAACUUCUACCAACUGUUCCCGGGCAUGACGUGCAAUAUGAUAACCCUCGGCGGCCAUUUCCUAGUACCUUUCUUCAGAGAUCUGGUACUGGCGCUUGGGGCAUGUGCGUCUUCUCAAGAGAGCUUGCUCCAUUUACUGAACUUGAAGAAAUACAAAGGCAAAUGUGUUGCUCUGAUCGUGGGUGGCGCUGCUGAGGCCCUGGACUCUCAUCCUGGGAAAUACAAGCUGACGCUGAGCAGAAGGAAAGGAUUCAUUCGUGUUGCUAUGAUGGCUGGGUCACCCCUGGUGCCAGUGUUCAGUUUCGGCGAGCCGGACGUGUUCCGUCCCAUGUCCAACCCGCAGGACAGUCUGAUGCGCCGCUUCCAGGAGUGGGUCAAGCGGUAUACGGGUAUCUCGCCACUGUUCCCCAUCGGGCGGGGCAUGUUCCAGUACACGUUCGGAGUGUUGCCUCUACGCUGCCCCAUCACGACUGUCGUUGGCGCCCCGAUGGAAGUUGCUAAGAAUUUGGAACCGACCCCAGAGGAAGUCGAUAAAGUUCAUGAGGAGUUCACGUGGCGGCUGGUCACCUUGUUCGAGUCGGAAAAGGCUAAGUACCUAAAGGACCACGAAAAAGUGAAAUUGGACCUGAUAUAAGUUGCUGAGUUACAACACCGCUGCCUUGCCAUGUACAAGCACUAGACUCGAGACAUCUUGAUACUUCUCUUGUACUUCUCCGCAUGGCAAACUAAAGGGUUUUUAGAAUUAUAGGAUUAUAUUAAAAUUUUACCAUCAGGGGCUGCAGUUACUAUAAAAAUAAAUAUACCAAGGCUAAAACUUUGAACAUUCAGUUAGAGAGAGAUCGAUUAAUUUGUGUCUUAAACACUAAGACUCUUAUUACAGAAUGACAACUAACGCUCUUAUUCAUAAAAAUUAAAAAAAAACAGUUUAAUAAACCUGUUUUAACUAUUGCACUGUUGUGUCACUUUCUCUCAAAUCUUGACAGUGCUAAGAAAGAACGAGACAAAACAGUGUUUUAGCUAAAACAGGUUUAUUAAACAUUUUCAUUUUUAUGAUUAACAGCGUAAGUGUUGAUCUUUACUUGAGUACAGUUAGAAAGGGAUGUCGCUAUGUGCUAUAUAUAGCAACAUCCUUUUCUAACCAUGCUCAAGACUAGAUCAAUCACUGUCAAUCUUUCUACAAUACGGGC